AUGUCAUACCUGUAUCAGCUAGAGUUGAAGCCAUUUAUAGUGGAUGUUGUUGCUCCUAGGGAGGGUACAGCAGAAACGCAGGAUGGUUGGCUAGAAAAGCUAGCGUCCAAUAUCCACGAGCCGUACGUCACUGACAGCGGCCCCAGCGUCAAGACGUUCUACAUAACGGCGCUGUACUUAACGUUCACCUCCCUCACCACUCUUCUAAGCGCCGCUAUCUUUGGCACUGGUAGCUCGAUUAUGAUGAGAGUGGAGCUGGGAUCGGACGAAUACCAUUAUAAAACCCAGAGCAUCAAAGAGUUUAUCAACUUUCACCAUCUGCCCAAAAACCUCGCUUCGCGUCUACAAGAGAGCUUCAAGCAUACGUCGGCGUAUACCAAUGAAAUCGACAUGAACACAGUUUCAAAGAGUUUUCCGGAGUGUCUGCAGGUGGAUAUCUGCCUUCAUCUCAAUCGGAAUCUGCUUAACAACUGCACCGCCUUCCAGAGAGUCUCGGCAGGUAAGGACGCCUUUUUCGGAGGGGACGUUCAAGACCUGACCAACAGUGGGAAGUCUCUGUACUUUGUUCGCGCCCUGACCUACUGCAAUAUCAACAAGAUCGAGCUGUCUGUGCUGAAAGAGACGCUUUAUACGUACCCGGAGUUUGCACAGGAAUUUAUGGGAAAGAUACAGGAUACAUUCAACCUGAAACGGGGUGUGUUGACGGAAACCCAACGGCAGACGAAGAUGGACGACGAAACACUCAAAUUUAUCCGUCAUAAGAGACCGCACAUGCAAUCGAAAGGCAGACGCCAUGUCUAUGACGCCGACCUCACGACCGGUAGAUCCGGCUUCCGUAAAAAAGCUCGCCAUUAG